GUAUACGCAAUAGGGGGGGAGAGAGAAUUAUACGGGCUAUAUAUGUGCGUGUGAAACAAUGCUUCACGAGAAAGCAACAUAUAGCAUUCAAUACCAGCCUUAAUACUAUCCUCUUCUCUCUUUGGCUCAUAUAAAUAGAUCGAGCCCAGAGAGCCCCCGAUCGACCUUGAUUUUUGAGGUUGUAGAGAUAUCUCGUCUGUCCACCAAAAACAGAAACAAAAUUAACUCUCUCUCUCUCUCACACACACAGCAACCAUUUUUUUCCCCUUUAAUUGGCUAAAAUGUCUCAUAUAACUGUCGAGAGGAACAGAAGAAGACAGAUGAACGAACAUCUCAAAGUUCUGAGAUCAUUGACCCCCCGUUUCUAUAUCAAGAGGGGAGACCAAGCAUCUAUAAUAGGGGGCGUGAUCGAAUUCAUCAAGGAGUUACACCAAGUUGUUGAAGCGUUGGAGUCCAAGAAAAGGAGAAAGAGUCUAAGCCCUAGCCCUCGUGGCGCUACUCCAUUAAUAAAUCUUGAUCAUCGAGUUGAUAGUCCCUCGGGAAUCGGAAUUGGGUCUGCCGACUCAUUCAAGGAAUCCGGAGGAACAGUUAGCUGUAAUUCAUCAGUUGCUGACGUGGAACUCAAAAUCUCAGGCUCCAAUGUCAUACUCAGACUGAUUUCACAUAGGAUUCCGGGUCAACUUGCCAAGAUAAUAGCUGUUCUGGAAAGCCUUUCUUUUCAAGUUCUUCAUCUCAACAUCGGCAGCAUGCAGGAUAUGGUUCUCCACCACUUUGUUCUCAAGAUAGGACUGGAUUGUCAAAUAAGCCUGGAGGAACUGGCAACGGAAGUGCGGCGAAGCUUCUGCCCUGACGCUGUUUGCAGUACUGCAGCAAUGUAUCGCUUAAGAAGAGACUCCAUUUAAAAUUGAUUGCAAUCUAUAAGAAAUCAUCAAAAUCAUUUUCUCUGCUGUCACAAGUAAUAAUUUUACCAGACGGAAACACUACUUUGGUCUUGAAAAGUUUCAAAACCGAUACGCGCUUCUAAUCUCUUGUUGCAUUAUUUCA